GGAAGAGCUCGAGAGAGAGCGCGUGUGUGUGCGUCUGUCGUGUGGGAUUCGGCCAGGCAACAAGUGAUACUGCGGUUGUUUUUUUUUUUGUUUGUUUCCGCGAGAUGAUGUAUCCCUGUACGGAACGGUGCGUUGAUUGUUCGGAUCCGCCCAAUAUGACUUUCCGCGCUGUGGUAUACGUGUGAAGCUGCGACCCCAAUCACUGCACUCCAUGGCCCCGUACUUCGUCAGGUGGUGCAAGACACGAUUGAAGAACGGAUAUCGCAGCUUUCCAAGUCUGAUGAACUCCAAGGUGUCGGAUACGGAGGAGCUUCUCGUCCAGGAAGAGCCGUGCCAGAAACAAGGGAGUGAGAAAUGUUGCACUUCCUCUACUUCUCCGUUUCCUCGUCCUUCCCAUGAGGCCACGACAGCGACUCCUAAUACUGGUCGCAGAUCCAAGGAUGGCAUUAGUGUCGAGAAGUUCGAGUACGACGUAUCCGUGAUGGGUUGUGACUCUGGGAAGGAGAGGAAGGAAUUCUCAUUCACCCUCUACGACUUCGACGGUCAUCGGAAGAUCACCGAAGAUGAUAUCGCGGGACUGGUUCGGUCUAUAUACGAAGCAGUGGGGAAUUCCGUAAGGCUCCCCCACCAGGGAAGCAAGACGAUUCAGGUGAAGCUGACCGUUUCCCCGGACAGGCCUCCAUCUCCAUCAUCCCCAACCCCUUGCGAGAAAAACACUCCUUGCCCUGGCCAUCACCAUCAUCAUCCUCGUGUCCCGCCAACCCAUUCUCAUCGAGCCGGAGAGAAACCCACUCAUUCUCGCUUGCAUUCGGUGAAGGUCACUCACCGGGCGUCGGGGAAAGCUCAGUGCAGAGACUGCGAAGACGAGGAAUUUCCGGCCCCUACUCGGCUUCGAUACUGCCACGUGAGGUGUGCCAGGACUCGAUUGUACGGAAAAGGAGAGUCGUGGGAAGGAGAGGAGAAACUUCUCGGCCUAGGCCUCUCCGUGCCCGUCGUGAGGUUGGGAUGUGACGACGAGGACUGCCGACGACGAUGUCGAUGUAACACGAGGCAUGGACAAGAGUGUUGCGUGGAAUCCAGUGGGUGUUGCAAGUCCUCGCCUCGGCCCCGCCACAGUCAUCACCACCACCACCAACAUCAUCAUCACCACCGGCUGAAAAGCGAGCAGGAGUUGGUGAAGGACCUAUUUGGGUAUCAGAGGCUUUGUCGCCCCAAGGCUGCGCCCGGAUUCUCUUCUUCGCCCCAUAAUCACAAGAAUCGGAGAGAGGAAAGGGAACGGGCCAUGAGACAGGUCUUGACAUGGCUGGAAAAGCAGCAACUGGGUCAAGAGGACGAUGACGAGGAAGAGGACGCAGUGAUCGUGGAAAAGCACGAGCACCACCACGUUCACGAACAUGUUCAUCAUCACUACCAUCAUCACUUGGGGGGUGAUGACUCUCUCAUCAUCGUCUGAAUACGCUCAUACGCUUUUUCAUCGCGGCUGGUCAUUUGCCUGCCUGGAUUCUUCUGUGAUGGCUUAGGGGUGUCUCUUCUCGACACGUUGAAUCUCCAGAUUUUUAUGUCCAAUGUUUUUUUUUUUUUAUUUUUUAAAAUGAGUACUCGUGGAGCAUUCUGAGCUCGUUCCUCCUGUCCAAAACGGGCAGCCAUGUAAAUUCUUGUGAUGAAUCCCAUGCUUCAUCCGCUACAUGCUCAUUCUCAGGCUUCAUUUCGUUUCCCAUCGUGUGAUUCAUACCAUGAAAUGAGUGCAUCGAUGACAUGUUGGUUCAUUAUUUUGACAAGGAUCAAGGGGCAAGGGGGGAUCCAAGUCCCACCUGCUUCGAUUCAUGCAUCUACCUCACCUGGACUUCAUGCAAUCCGUGAUUCCUUCUUCACUUGCUUAUCCUUUGUGCCUCAUACGAUGGGGGAAAAAAGUCAUGGCAAUAGUGACAGCCUGUAGAAUCGAUCCCACGUGCUCUUUACCUGUCAUGUCCACAUUUCUGAUUGAAUCAUGGGAACUCGUGCCUUUUCUGGCGUGACAGUACAGGCAUCUAUUUUUCUAGAUCCCUAUCCUCCAG